AUGACCUGCUCUCCUGCCACAGCCCCUUCUGGCUGUCAAAGCCUCGAUGACCUGCGCUGCUGCCGCUGCCCCUUCUGGCUGUCAAAGCCUCGACGACCUGCGCUGCUGCUGCUGCCUCUUCUGGCUAUCAAAGCCUUGACGACCUGCGCUGCUGCCGCAGCCCCUUCUGGCUGUCAAAGCCUCGAUAACCUGGGCUGCUACCUCUGCCUCUUCUGGCUGUCAAAGCCUCAACGACUUGCGCUGCUGCCGCAGCCCCUUCUGGCUGUCAAAGCCUCGAUAACCUGGGCUGCUACCUCUGCCUCUUCUGGCUGUCAAAGCCUCAACAACCUGCGAUGCUGCCGCUGCCCUUUCUAG